CAUAGAUUCCAAUUUGGUGAAGUAGCCGAUUGCUUACGUUUAGGGAGUAUCGCAUCGCCGAAUGGAGAUGUCACUCGGUAAUGACGGCGCCGCCGCCGCCGCCGCCGAACCGAAUUCCCGAGGGGAAGCGAAUUGGUACUACUCGACGGUGUCGGAGGCGCCGCCGAAGCGGCCGGCGGGGAGGACCAAGUUCCACGAAACGCGGCACCCGGUAUACAGGGGAGUGCGUCGGCGCGGCGCCGCGGGGAGGUGGGUGUGUGAGGUGCGAGAGCCCCACAAGAAGUCGAGGAUCUGGCUGGGCACGUUCCCGACAGCCGAGAUGGCCGCGCGCGCGCACGACGUGGCCGCGAUGAUGCUCCGCGGCCGCGACGCCUGCCUCAACUUCGCUGACUCGGCGUGGCGGCUCCGCGUGCCGGCGUCGUUCUCCAGCUCCAGGGACAUCGCGCGGGCCGCGGCGCAGGCCGUGGAGGCGUUCCGGCCGCCUCCGGUUUCGCUGGGAUCGAAGGACGACUCCAGCGCAUCCUCUGGGGCGACAGGGGUCGCGCCAGCUACUUACCCGUCGGCGUCGACGGUGGUGGAGGGUACGCCGUCGAUGGCGCACCAUGCCACCGGCCACCACAGCGAAACCGGCGGGGGGAAGGCACUGGAGUUGCUGAGUUACGACUACAUGGAUAUGGACUACUAUGACUUCGCCGACAUGCAUUCAACGCCCCAGGAAUUUCUGGUACAGACACCGGCUGGCGGCGGUGGCGGCUUCGGUUGGGACGACGAGGACUCCGGCGCUGACGUGCCACUCUGGAGCUACUCCAUCUGAUGUGAUUAGGGAGGAGUAAAGAUUUAAUCAGGAUGGUUAAUGACGAUCGUCAGUAAUUAAUUAACAACGAAAUAAGGGGUCUUCGUAUGAAACGAAGAGUCAACUAUAAAAUUAGCGUGUUAAUUAGUCUGGUUUUUGAUGUGCCAAGAUUUUCUCAAUUGGUGCUAAAUUCUGAAUGGGAUAUGCUUUGAAGCAAACAAUGUUUAACUGUGGAAUUAAUGACGAUAUUUAAAGUUU